GGCGGGAGGGGCUUGUCCGCAGGUGGGGAGGCCCUCCCCUCUGGGCGUGGCCACGCGCCCCGGGGGCGGUCCUCGGGCGUGGGUGGAGCUUUGCGGGUCGGCGCGCGGGCGGAGUGAUCCGCGGCGAUGCGGGGCACGAGCUGCGUGGGCGGCGGCGGCGAGAGUCCGGGCAGCGCGGGGCUGAGCGAGGGCCCGCGGGGCCGCUGGCUGCGCCUGGCCCCGGUCUGCGCCUACUUCCUCUGCGUGUCGCUGGCCGCCGUGCUGCUCGCCGUGUACUACGGUCUCAUCUGGGUGCCCGCGCGGCCCCCCGCGGGCCCUGGCGGCCCGGCGCCUAGCGCGCCGCUCCCGCCGUGCGCCGCCCGCCCCGGCGCGCCGCCCGCGCCGCCGCCCGCUCCCGCCGCAGUCUCCUGCCUCCUAGGGGGCCCGGGCGGGCCACGACCCCAGCUCGAGCUGCCGCGGAGCCGCCGCCGCCGCCGAGACCCCGGGAGCCGCCCGACACUUGGAGGAUCGCCCGGGGCCGCGGGGGGCCCAGGACCCGGGUAACCUCCCGCCCACCCGCUGGGCCGGCCGCCCCCCCCGGAAUCCACUCAGCGCCCGCGCCUAGUGUCCCCAAGCCGUCGUCCUGGAGCACGGGGCCUGCGGGGGCACCGGCUGCGGCCCCUCUCCGAUCCUGCCCAUGUCCUGACCGUCCCCGGGAGGAUUCUGUGCCCGCAGCCCGCAGCCGGGGGGGCGGGGAGCCCGCGCUUCUCCCCAUCUCCACGGCCAUCUGCAAUAAACGCCAGCCUCUGCUGCCCCGUGGUGUCGGUGUGGUUUCCGUCCUCG